AUGGCGUUGCAAGACAUACCUCCUCACACCAAAGUCCAACAGUUCUUCUCGCAUCGUAUUGUCUUCCCUUUCAUCCUACAGCUCAGAUUCUCAGCUUCGACACCUCAAAGAGACAACACCAUGUCCACCUCCGCAAUCCAAGGCCCAGGCAUCCUCUUCGUCCGCUCCCGCAUCUCCCCCUCCGCCAACGACAUACUCUCCGAGCCCACUUUUCUCGCCUGGUACGACAACGAGCACAUCCCUGAAGUAGUCUCUACAUCCGGCGUCGACUCUGCUUUCCGCUUCAUCGAUAUCCACAAGUCCUCACCUAUUGGCAACGAGCAGAACCCAAAGCCAUUCCUAGCAUGCUAUCCCAUGGAAGAUCUGGCAUUCACGCUAGGCGACGAGUUCAAGAAGAUAGGGUUUAAAAGUAGUGCGCUGCCCUGUAGUGGUGUAAUCUAUGAUCUGGCGGAUAUGGAUGUUAGUUACCUGGGUAUCGUGGGCAAGACACCAAAGAGAGGAGAGGGAGAAGGAGGUGGGCCGAAGUAUGUGAUCUCAUCGGGUGUCCGACCUGAGAAGCAGCCAGCAGAAGAACAGGUCACUGCGUUCUUCCAAAAGCAAAUCUGGACGCUCGAAAAGUCCCCGCAGUAUAUGCGAACACUGCGCUUCAGACUCCUCUACGCGAGGACUAAUGCGCAGUCUCGCGCUCUCAAGGGUUUGCCAACGACAGAUGAACCCCAUCCCGAGCCGUCAACCUGGAUGGCUAUGCAUGAGUUUGCGGGUGUACCGGACGAAAACUUGGUGAAGACGCUAAGUGAUGGUGUGAGCAAGGCUGCUGAAGAGGGUGGUUGGGGCGAGACGGAAAUUGAGACGCUGGUUUGGAAACUAGAUCGUACGCACGGAGAUGGGAAGUUCUUUGAGUAA